AUGAAGGCCAAAGCUUUGUCGGUGAAGGAGUGUGCCUGGAUGUCAGAGGAGUGCCACCUAGUGGAUGAGCUGCGUGGAGCUACCCAGAAGGACAGCCUUUGUUUACCAAAUAUCUUCAGGUCCAAAAAGGUGAAGCCGCUCACCAAGAUCCAGAGCAGCCACACUUACCAGGUUCACUACACGGCCAGAGAGCUUCUGCUGGAAGUACUGGACAGAGAAGCCGUUCAGGAGCUGACGAGAAGAGCUGCCGGCGUGAAGACGGGAGGUAAUCGUCUGUCAAACAGCCAGAGCAGAGAGCAGAGCGCAGAUCUCUCUGAGGAAGAGUAUGCAGAGGCUCUAACGUGGUUUUCCAUAGUCCUACAAAGCGGCCUGUCUGCAGGAGAGAACUGCAGCUUUGGCUCUGACCUGACACUGAAACUGGACGGAUGGCAGGGCGUCCUGAAGAGAAACAGCAUCCAGACCAACUUGUUGUGUCUCACCAGACUGGAGGAUGCAGACAAGUUGGAAGCCCUGUCUGCUUUCUGUAGCCACGUAACCCGGCGCUACCAGGCCCUGAACACACCUGGUUCCAACCUGGCUGUGAAGAAAUACAGACUUUCCUACCAGCACGGUCCCUGCUCACUCCAUCUUGCCCUCCUGUGUGACAUGAGCUCGGGGUUCAUCUGUAACCUGUACCUGUACUGUCCAGAGCAGCUCCAGAGGCGCAGCAGGAGGCCUGUGGUUGAGCAGGUGGUUAAACACCUGCUGAGACCUUUCUGCAGCCACAGACACCUGGUUCAGCUGGACAGCUCCGCCUGGAUGGAGGGCAGACUCACAGACAUCUUCUCAGGGUUUGGAGACAAUAUUAAUUUUGUUCCAGCUGCUAAAAGGCCAGAGAUGAGCCUGACUUCCUCUAUGCUACAUCUGCACCAGCGAACAUCAGAAGACUCAAUGUCUCAUCUGCUGUCCCACCUGCAGGGCUGGACCGGACCUGCUCUGCUCUCUCUGUCGGACCUGAAAGGAUCUGUCGUCGAUGUGUUUCUGCCGGGCCUCUGGGUGACACUACAUGCCAUCUGCAUCAACACAUUUGUGCUCCACACUCUGCAGAGCCGGGGCUCGGGCCAGCAGGUCAACCUGACGGAGUUCACCAGAACUCUGGCCUCUCAGCUGGCCGUGGACAGCAGCGUCACCGUGCCCGUUCUGCCACAACUAAACAGCUGCUCAUACCAGGAGACAGGCUUAGCAAAUGUUUCCAAGCAAAGGACAACUACCAGCAGCAGUGGUCGGGUGAUGGAAAAUGACAAACAGGUCUCAGCAGUGAAAUUGCAGACGAGGUGGAGCAGACCCGGAGUGUGUGGUUUAGACAACGCUGGCAACUCCUGCUACCUCAAUGUUGUGUUGCAGUGUUUGUGCUCCACUGUGCCUCUUGUGGAGCAUCUCCUUAAUCAGGACACACGCAGAGAGCUGGCAAAGUCUAAGUGCCGGUUCGCUGAGGUGUUUGUCCGCCUGCUGGAGGAGAUGUGGCUGGGAAGAAGCUCCUGCUGUGCCCCUCUGGAGGUCCGGUCCGUUCUGUUCUCCAUCCUCCCACAGUUUAACAACUAUUCCCAGCAAGACGCCCAGGAGCUGCUGCUCUUUCUGCUCAAUGCGCUCCAUGACGACCUCAAAAAGGUUGCAAAGCGGCAGAUGCGCUCCUCAGUGAGACAAGAACACAACAGAAACUGUGCCACUGACUUCACCAUUGUCUCACAUCUGUUUGAGGGCCAGCUGAACUACAUGACCCUCUGCAUGCAGUGCGACCACCAGGCGCACAGCAAACAAACCUUCACUGUUCUGUCACUGCCCCUUCCAACAGACAUCAUUAAAUGCUCCAUUCAGGAUUGUCUGUCACUGUUCUUCGAGCAGACUAUCUUGACGGGGGGAGAGCAAAUGCUGUGUUCGGUGUGUGGGCAGAGGAGGGAAACAGCGGUGGUCACUAGUUUAGACAAACCUCCUGAGAUCCUCCUGCUGCACCUGAAACGGUUUGGGUGUAAAGGGAAGAACCAGGUGAAACUGAGGACUAAUGUUGUGUUUUCCACGAAGCUCGAUCUCACGCCGUUUCUAUCCAGCUCAGCACAGAACUCCUCGUGUUCUUCGUACCAUCUAUAUGCUGUUGUGAACCACAUUGGCCAUCUGAACAUGGGUCACUACACGGCUCUGUGCCACAACGCUCCGGCUCAGGUCUGGCACUGUUUUGACGACUCGAUUGUCAAGGAGGUACGGGACAGUGUGGUGCAAUCUCCAAAUGCCUACAUGCUGCUGUACAGCUGCAAACCUUUCCAAAAGCCAAAGAUUCAUGGACUCUAA